AUGGAAAAUGGGGAAAGUGUAUGCAACGUUGAAGAUAAUUUAUAUUGUAUUGGAGGUUUCAAUGGUCAAGUUGGGAUCAAACAGUGUGAUGUCUUUGAUCCUAAGACUGGUAAAUGGGAUUCAAUAGCACCAUUAAAGAUGGGUCGUUACCAGAGUGGAUGCUGUGGCUAUGAUGGUAAAGUAUGGGCUGUUGGAGGUUGUGAUGGCUGGAAUAAUCUUACAUCAGUUGAGGUCUAUGAUCCCAAGAAAGAUUCUUGGUCUUUUGCUCAGCCAAUGUCAACACCAAGGAGAGGUUGUGGCUUAGCUAUUUUUAAUGGUAAGCUCUAUGCUGUUGGUGGAUCAGAUGGUACACACUCAUUAUCUACUACAGAAAUUUAUGAUCCUGUGAAGAAAACUUGGCUCCCUGGACCAGACAUGUCAGUUGCUAGAUCUAAUGUGGGAGUUGCUGUCAUAGGCCAAAGACUGUAUGCAGUGGGUGGAUUCUCCGGCAAAACAUUCCUCAACAGUAUAGAAUUCUUAGAAGAGGGGAUGGAAGAGUGGAAUACCUUUUGUAUUAAAGAUAAAGAAGAAUAAAAAUAAAUAAAUAAAUUAAAAAUAUAUGAACUAUAGGAAUAUUUUUAUUAUCUCUUUUAUAUAUGAAGUAUUCCUUUAUAUACAUAUAUAAAGGAUUUAUUAUGAACCAAAAAAAAAUUUAAGUAAAUUAAUUCAUUAGUGCAAAAAAAUUUAUGUAUAUUAAUGACUGUAAAAUAUAAUAUAUGAUGUAGAGAUGGUUGACCGUGAUAUAAUAUGAGAAGUAGCUGGUAAGGGAGGGGGUGUGGUAAAAAAAAUGCUAAAUUAAAAAAUAGUAUUAUUAAUUUUAAUUUAAAAAAUACUAUUUUUAAUUUUAAUUUAAAAAAUACUAUUUUUUAAUUUAGUAUUUAUUUGACCGCACCCCCCGACCAACUUCUUCUCUCUAAUAUAAUAUAUGAAUUAAAAUUGUUUUGACCAAUCAAGAAAUAAUACAAAAGUAAAAUUUCUUUGAAUUUUUGAAGAUUGAAUUAUUAUUUAUACUGGAAAACAAAAUUUACUUAAUAAAUGUUGUAGUUACAUUAUUUCAACCUAUACCACAUUCACCUUUAUUGAUACUGUUUGUUUGUAUAACAAUCCAUUCAAUGAAUGCUGAAAGGUAGAAAUAUGGAACACAAUUUGUGAGUUAGGUACUUUGUUUGUACUAGUUGAGUGGUAAACAUAUAUAUAUAUAUAUAUAUAUAGAAGUCCACACUCCUAGAAGGUGAGUGGUCUGCAGGAAGCACCCCAAAUCUUUUUUUUUCUUCAGUUUUUUGCUUAUAUUACGGAAGCUAUGCAUCCUAGCAAUAAGGCCAUUCAUUUAAAAAUUGACUACAAGAUCAAUUCUAUUUAUUUUUUUCUUUGCUAUCUUGCCUAGUUUCCAAAAAUUUUCUGAAAUUCACUGAUUUUUGUAUUAUUUAAUUUACUAACUCUUUGGCUCUUCUUCAUACAAAAAGUUGUGAGGAAAAAAACCAUAGAUUAUCAAAUUUCUCUAGUAUUUUACUAUUCUUAUAUUUAGUAAAUAUAUGAUUAAUGUUUUUACAAAAAGAUCUCCUUUCACCCCACCAGUUUUUAUUUUAUAAAUAAAAAAGUCUUUUUAACA